AUGAACUUGACGCAGAACGCGAGAAAGUUAGCCUUGCUUCACCAACAAGGUUCUCAACAAGCAGAGUUGUUGAGGGAACAGGGUGCUCAACAGUUUGAACUGUUGAGACAGCAGCAGGCUGCUGCUGGUGGGUCGAUGCACUCGCGUCAACAAAAAACUUUGAAGAUUGACAUCUCCAAGUAUAGGGGAGUCGAAGAGGACUCCCUUUUGAGAUGGUUCGUCGAAUUGGAUGACGCCAUAAGGGCGCGUCGCAUCGACGACGGGGAUAUGCAAUUUGCAUUUGCCCAGUCAAAUCUGGCAGGACGUGCCAAGACUCGGGCUUUGGGGCUCAAGUUGCACGACCCAUAUGCGUUUGGGUCGUUGGAAGUCUUCAAGUCGCGGCUCAGACAAACGUUUGAACCGCCUAGAGCUGAGUUCAGAGCUCGAACCGAACUCUUGAAGCUCAAGCAGGGUAAGCGUGAUGUGCACGCUUACGCGCAACAUAUACGACAUCUCACGAGUUGUAUAAGUUCCAAUCCGGUUGAUGAACACACGUUGGUUUCGGUGUUCAUGCAGGGUCUUGCGGAUGGUCCCGUCAAGACUCACCUGUUCCAGCUUAAACUAGAUUCACUAGAACAAGCCAUUUCCAUUGCGGAGCAGGAAGACUUCAGUCUGAGACAGGCUCGCGCCAGCUCGACAUCAUAUCGUCAACCGAGACGAUAUGACAGCGGAGGUCCAGAGCCGAUGGAACUCUGUUAUGUAGAGAGCGAGAAGGCUCGCUCUACAGGCUACAAGAAGUUGCAGAGAUGCAACAGAUGUCAAAAGACAGGACACUACGCUUACGAGUGUAGUGCCCCUCGUCCAGUGUCUCGCGAUACUAGGCGUAGUGACCGUCCACCCAUGAGAAAGGGGCAGGGACGAGGGUCCGCUGUCGGUGCAAAGACGCAACAACGGGAUGGACCGUCAAAAAACGGACAGGAUCAGUAG